AUGAUGAAAAUGCAUAAACUAUUAGAAACUAUAUUAUGCUUCGAUUACAAUCAGUUCUCGAUAGAAAACUUACCGGAAUGUGGUCGAGAUUUUUGGGACGAAUUUGUGCAAUAA